CCUGCAUGUCAGUUUAUGCCGUGUCAAAAUGGAGGAACUUGCCAAGAUACAGAUACCUCAUACACGUGCACGUGUAACACAGGGUGGACAGGAGAGAAUUGUACUCGUUUUGAAGGUGAUUUUAAUCACGAGUACGCAUUGAUGAUCAUGUUGAAUCACUAUUAUGCAUCCAAUGAAUCUUCACUGAUUUACAUGACAACGAAUACCUCAGCAACCGUAGAAAUCUCAACUUCAAACAAUAUGGAGCCGUCACUGAAGUCCGCCAUUGACCGAACCUUUUUCUUUACCACUCAACUGAAAGUUACUCUGCCUCCUGAAAUGCAAAGUAUGUCCUUCCAAAAGGAAGCAAAAGCCGUAAAGAUUCGCUCAACACAGCCUAUUACUGUGGUUCUCUUCGACAAUAACUAUUUACAAUCCAAUGACGGUUCUCUUAUUUUCCCGGUAGAAAAACUCGACACUCGGUAUUUAGUUAUGUCUACUGAACCUCGUGAUGAAAUGCACCCAAUCUACGCCAGUGUAUUUGGUAUAGUUGCAUUAGAGGACGAAACAUUAGUUAAGAUAAACUUUAAACUGGACAAUAAUGCAAGGCCUCUUACCAUAAACGGAAAAAACUACAGCGAUUCAGACACCUUCGAAAUAUCCUUGAACGAUUUGGAGACUCUGCAACUGGAGCAUAGCGCCGAUCUCACGGGAACCUUAGUAGAGGCUUCGAAACCUGUCGCAGUGUUUUCUGGAAACAGAUGCAACAUGUUUCCAGAAUCAAUAAGAUGUAGUCAUUUAAUGGAACAAAUGACUCCUAUAUCACACUUUGGUAACUCAUACUGUGUAUCAGCUGAUUUCACAAGUGACGUAACGCGCUUGAGCAUAAUGACCGAAGAGUCAGUGCCCACAAGAGGGGCUAUUAUUGUAGGUUACUCUGUACAUUCAAUGAAACUAAUUCCCAGAGUACCGUUUGAAUUUACCUUAAGAGCGAAUGAAACAGCAUACGUCUUUCUCGCAAGUCCCCGCGUCUUUGUCACAAGUUUGGUAAAAGGAAAUAAGAACAAUGGUUCUCCAUACAUGGUUACGAUUCCAGAUACAAGUCAGUAUAAGAGCCAGUAUAUAAUCCCGAUUCCUGAAGGAUACUCGACCAAUUACAUAACGAUUCUGAUCGCCUUAAGAUUCAAAGCUGAUCUUCGAUUGAAUGGGCAAGUAUUACAACAAGAAAAGAUUCUCUUUGAAGGCAGAAAUGUUAUGAAUGAAGGAAUGCUGGGAUCCUUCUUUACCAUGGAAGUCCCUCCUGGUGUACUGAACAUAACUACCAUAACAGGCUCUCCGUUUGGUCUGACUGUAUUUGGGUAUCGAUAUCUAGAUUCUUAUGGAUUUGCAGGAAAUAUUGUUUAA